AUGCUUACCAAGUGGUUAGCCAUUCUGCUGGUGGGCUGGGUGCUACGCCACGGCUACUUUGCCUCGCAACUGGGGACGCCGGAGUUCACCAAGGAUUCCUGGCUGGAUAUCCUGGAUGCCGUCAUCUUCAGCACAAAUUUGGAGUUUCCUUAUGUUCGAAAUCCCGCCUAUGGAUUUUCUUCUGAUGGCAGCCCCCAGAAACGUGACACGUGGCGAGUGCACGCGGUCUAUGCAACCUUUGCCAUUGCUUUCGCCUCCGCCAUCUGCUCUUCCAUCAUCUAUUCGGCCCUGGUGCCGGCCCCUGACGACUCUGCCGUGGCUGAAAAGGAGGUCUCUGACACCCUGGAGCUGGACGGAAACGAAGGGCAGAUGGUCAUGCUCUACCAGGAGCUUUCAGAUGACGAGCCCGGCCUGCUUUGUGCCGAUCACGGUCCGCGCACUGCGCGCACCGGCCGCGCGCUGCGGCAGGACUUGGAAGGAGGUACAUACUUGGUGAGAUUCACUGAUGGUGAGGAGCCAGAGACAGGCAUCUUUCCGUUGCAUCAGUUGAACCCCGACUUCUCAAAAGACGAAAGCGACACCAUGGACCAGCCCUGUUGCAGUGGCUGGCUGCACUUGGAGGAGCUUGAAACAGGAGGUGACCGGCUUUUGCUCUUUGAACGCAGGGCGCAGGUCCUUGAUGCCUUUCGGUCCUUGCUAUGCCUGCAGUUGCCCUUCUUGGUCUGGCGCUUGUACUUCAACUCCUUUCAGCUGGAUUUUGUUGCCUGGGGAGGCACCACCAUGCUUAUUGGCAAAAACGCUCUGUGGGGCCUCUUGGACAUCGUGAAGAUCCUCAGUUGUGGAAGGCCAGAUGCGGUGCUGUGCCGCUGCCGACCGGUGGAAUAUUUGCAGAAGGCCACCAACAGCAAGUUGGGGCAGGUCUGGGUGGGGCCCAGUGGUCUUGUCGCCUUUAUGGUGGAGAUUGCUGGCUCCCUGCGGGCCAAACGGCUCCAGCAUCGGGAGAUGAAAAUUCAGCAGCACAUUGAGUGGCUCAUCACAGAGAGCCAGAAGACCAAGAAUCAUCAGUUGUAUGCCACGAGGCUCCAAGAAGUUCAACGAGAACUCGUGGUAAUCCAGGAGAAGAAGCAGUUCACAUUUCCAUGA